AUGGACUCUCUGCUCAAAAUCCCGCCCAGUACCCCCAUCAUCCGUCCUAGCAUUCAGACCCCGGGUCCCUACCAGGAGACCUGUAACGACAAGUAUGUCGUCAAGUACAACUUUGCUGACCUCGACCCAGAAGAGGCCACCGAAGAGUUGAAAACACUCCUGACCGACCUUGAAGAGGCAGGCCUGCAGACCGAGGUCCGCGCUGGCUAUGACGAAACCCUCUUGAUCUUUGUGAAAGCCCCACGCGAGCUCCUCGGCAACACCGUCUACAAGUCAAGGGUCAAGGACUGGUUGUAUGGCGUAGUACACGACCAUCCCGGCGGUACCAAGAACACCGUCGUCGACGCCCACUACGAAUCCGAGGACAUCCUCUCCGUCUACCACCUCGUCCACUGGUCCAAAGAACACGGCGGCGCCGGCAUCCACCCGGGCAUCGGCCAGUGGAAGAACGUCGAGGCCAUCUUCCCGCUGCACAACCAGCGCGCCAACCAAAAGCUCCUCUCCCACCUCAGCAAGCGCUUCUUCCUCACCGCCGAGGACCUCGACAAGAUCCGCGACAUCUGGGGCUCCAAGAUCGCCUUCUACUUCGCCUUCCUCCAGACCUACCUCGUCUUCCUCAUCUUCCCCGCCGUCACCGGCGUCGUCGCCUGGCUGGCCCUGCCCAAAUACUCGCUCGUCUACGCCAUCACCACCUGCGUCUGGUGCACCGUGUUCGUCGAGUACUGGAAACUCCGCGAGGUCGACCUGAGCAUCCGCUGGCGGGUCCGCAACGUCGCCCAGGUCAAGACGAACCGGCCGCAGUUCACGUGGGAGCGCGUGGUCACCGACUGUGCGGGCCGGAAGCACUACUUCUUCCCCAAGUGGAAGCAGGUCGUACGUCAGCUGCUGCAGUUCCCCUUCUUCGGCAUCGCCACCGCCGCCCUGGGGCUCCUCAUCGUCUCCGUCUUCGCCAUCGAGGUGCUGAUUUCCGAGUCGUACGAGGGCCCCUACAAGUUCUACCUCGAAUACCUCCCCACCGUGCUGCUCGCCGUGGCCCUUCCCUACAUCACCUCGUCGCUCGAAGGCGUCGCCAGUGCGCUCACCCAGUACGAGAACCACCGCACCGAGGACAACCACGAGAGGGCGCUGGCGCAGAAGGUCUUCGUGCUGAACAUCGUCACCAACUACCUCCCCAUCCUGCUCACGGCCUUCGUCUACGUCCCCUUCGGCGACGACGUGGUGCCCUGGCUCGAAGUCCUCAUCGGCAAGGUCCUCGGCAAGGUCCUCGGCCAGCAGCAGUUCGCCAAGCGGCCCUUCCAGGCCGACGGGGACCGGCUGCGGAACGAGGUCAUCGCACUCGUGGUCACGGGCCAGAUCUCGGGCUUCUUCGAGGAAAACGUCGUCCCGUUCGUCCGGCACCGGUUCAGCGGGUGGUGGCGCGAGAUGCGCCGCCUGCGGCACUCCCGAGACGGCCGCGGCGCCGACCUCAUGUCCCUCUUCGACGACGACCCGGACGAGGCCGCGUUCCUCACCCGCGUCCGCGACCAGUCCAUGCUCCGGGACUACGACGUGCAGGAGGACAUUGCGGAAAUCGUGCUCCAGUCGGGCUACCUGGCGCUCUUCUCGCCCGUGUGGCCGCUGAUCCCGCUGGGGUUCCUGGUCAACAACUGGAUCGAGCUGCGGUCCGACUUCCUCAAGAUCUCCAUCGAGCACAAGCGCCCGCACCCCGUCCGCACCGACGGCAUCGGGCCCUGGGUGUACUCGCUCAACAUGCUCAGCUGGCUCGGGAGCAUCUCGACCGCCGCCAUCGUGCACAUGUUCAGCACGUCCGGCUGGGGGCCGGCACGCUGGGCGUCGUUGCCCAUUACCAUUUUCGUUGGCGAGCACGUCUUUCUGCUGUUUCGCACCCUGCUGUGCUUCCUGCUGAACCAGCUCGGGUCGCCCCAGAUCCGGGAGGAGAGGAGCAGGCUGUAUGCUACGCGGCUGCAGAGGCUGGAGGAGCUUGAGGCGAAUAAGCGGAAUGGGUUGGGGUUGACGGCUGCCGAGCGGGAGCGGCGCAGGUCGAUGCGGGCUACGGGCGGGGAUAAGCUGUUCACCAGACAGGUUGAGGAAGGUGUCAGCGCGGCGGUUGGGGUGGACCUGAUCCGGCGGUUUAAGGAGGCGGCCGAGUCGAAGAAGAAGAAGUAG